AUGGGACAGAGACAAUAUUGCCAUUGUUCAGCCUUGAAGACAAAAUACCAGGCCAGUUCCCAGAUAAAACAGAGACAAUAUGGCCAUUAUACAGCCUUGAAGACAAAAUACCAGGCCAGUUCCCAGAUAAAACAGGGACAAUAUGGCCAUUAUACAGCCUUGAAGACAAAAUACCAGGCCAGUUCCCAGAUAAAACAGGGACAAUAUGACCAUUAUACAGUCUUGAAGACAAAAUACCAGGCCAGUUCCCAGAUAAAACAGGGACAAUAUGGCCAUUAUACAGCCUUGAAGACAAAAUACCAGGCCAGUUCCCAGAUGGCACAGGGACAAUAUGACCAUUAUACAGUCUUGAAGACAAAAUACCAGGCCAGUUCCCAGAUAAAACAGGGACAAUAUGGCCAUUAUACAGCCUUGAAGACAAAAUACCAGGCCAGUUCCCAGAUAAAACAGGGACAAUAUGGCCAUUAUACAGCCUUGAAGACAAAACACCAGGCCAGUUCCCUGAUAAAACAGGGGCAAUAUGGCCAUUAUACAGCCUUGAAGACAAAAAACCAGGCCAGUUCCCAGAUGGCGCAGAGACAAUAUGGCCAUUAUACAGCCUUGAAGACAAGAUACCAGGCCAGUUCCAAGAUGGCACAGAGACAAUAUGGCCAUUAUACAGCCUUGAAGACAAGAUAUCAGGCCAGUUCCCAGAUGGCACAGGGACAAUAUGGCCAUUAUACAGCCUUGAAGACAAGAUACCAGGCCAGUUCCCAGAUGGAACAGAGACAAUAUGGCCAUUAUACAGCAUUGAAGACAAAAUACCAGGCCAGUUCCCAGAUAAAACAGGGACAAUAUGGCCAUUAUACAGCCUUGAAGACAAAAUUCCAGGCCAGUUCCCAGAUGGCGAAGAGACAAUAUGGUCAUAAUACAGCCUUGAAGACAAGAUACCAGGCGAGUUCCCAGAUGGCGAAGAGACAAUAUGGCCAUUAUACAGCCUUGAAGACAAUAUACCAGGCCAGUUCCGAGAUGGCAAAGAGACAAUAUGGCCAUUAUACAGCCUUGAAGACAAGAUAUCAGGCCAGUUCCCAGAUGGCACAGGGACAAUAUGGCCAUUAUACAGCCUUGAAGACAAGAUACCAGGCCAGUUCCCAGAUGGAACAGAGACAAUAUGGCCAUUAUACAGCCUUGAAGACAAAAUACCAGGCCAGUUCCCAGAUAAUCAGGGACAAUAUGGCCAUUAUACAGCCUUGA